AUGAAGUUCCGAGCAAAAAUGAUUGACGUUGGAUGUCUCAACCAUUUUACACGCGUCGUAAACACAAUUGCCAAACUGACAAAAUCUUGUGUCUUAAGACUGACCGCAGACAAUCUGUACUUCGUGCUCUCUGGCAAAGUCGCAAGCGGAGGAGUCAGCAUGUGGUGUGAAUUAUUACAGGUUAAUUUCUUCGACGAGUAUCAACUGGAGGGCGUGUCGGCUGAGGCUAAUGAGAUCUGUCUGGAGGUAUCGCCAGAAAACCUGUCCCGCGCUUUAAAGACAGCCCAGAACGCGAAGUCUGUCAAAGUCAAAUUAACCAAGAAGCACUGCCCGUGCCUCACCCUGGCUGCCGAGCUGCCCUCUCUGUCCAGUAUCAGCCGUGCGGUCACCCACGACAUUCCCGUGGAUGUCAUACCCAGACGGCUGUGGCAUGACUUUAAAGAGCCCAGCAUGCCUGACUUUGAUGUCAGUAUAUAUUUGCCCCCUCUGAAGACAAUUAAGAAUGUAGUGGACAGGAUGAAGAAUCUUUCCCACUAUCUGGUUAUGGAGGCUAACCUAAAUGGUGAGAUGAAUCUGAAGAUUGAAACAGACCUAGUGUCUGUAACCACACAUUUCAAAGACCUUGGGAACCCUCCGUGGGGUGAUGAUGCAUCUCAGAGUAGGGAUCCUGAAGAGAUGGCAUAUGCUCGUGUAGACAUACGGAAACUCCAGCAGUUUCUCAUAGGACAGCAGGUCAACCCCAGCAAGGCCAUGUGCAAUAUUGUUCACAAAAAGAUACUUCACCUGAUAUUACUGCAUGAAGAUGUGUCUCUUCAGUAUUUCAUCCCUGCAGUGGCAUGACCCUGUCUCUGCUCUACUGGAGUUAAAGAGGAGAAGAGGGCAAAGGGCAGGCGCAAACUGUCAAACCCAGCAGACUGAUUGUUUUUCUCCAUCAGGGAUCAUUACUGUGGCGUGGAGAGCUCCAGACCUGUGUGGUCUGCUUUAAGGGCUGUGUCCCUUGAAUUCAUUUGUUCUGAAAUGGAAUGAAGUCCACAGGUUGUUCCCAAAUGAAUAUGUUUUUGAUUGUUUUCCACAGUGAUUAUGUGUAUGUUAUCCUCCCAGUGUAUUACAGAUUUUAUCUGAAGUAUGACAAAGCCUCCAAGAUUAAAGGCUCUUAGAACU